AUGAAGAUACUUGCUGUCCUGCUCCCCAUCGCGUCAUUCACGCUUGCGCAUCCGUCAUCCCCAAAGCCUCUUUCAUGGGAGAUUACACCUACCAACAGUACACAGCAGUUUCGCGGCCUCUCACCUGUUAACGAAAAGGUUGUCUGGAUUUCAGGGACCAACGGAACUGUUCUGCGGACCACCGACUCAGGUUCGACAUGGACGAAUGUGUCUCCGAAAUUUGCCGCGACGGAGAAUGCAUCCGACUUCCAGUUCCGCGAUAUCCAAGCCUUUUCUAGGACCACUGCUGUAACAUUGUCAAUCGGUGAAGGGAAUCUUUCCCGCAUCUAUAUUACGAGUGAUGGCGGAAAGAAUUGGAAACACACGUUCGUCAAUGAAGAGGAAACGGCCUUCUACAACUGCAUGUCAUUCGAGACGAUGAAAGGAAGGGAAAGUCAUGGUGUCGCAAUGAGCGAUCCUGUCCAAGGCAAGUUCCGCUUACUGGAGACGUGGGAUGGUGGCGUGCAUUGGGCUAUCGUUUCAAACAAUACAAUGCCGCCAGCACUGGAGGGCGAGUUUGGUUUCGCGGCCAGUGGUACGUGUAUUGAGGCUGCGGCGGGUCGAUGGUAUUUGGCGACGGGAGGGGUUGACCCGGGACGUAUCUUUUACACUACCUCCUCCAGCGCCAGUCACGGCUGGCAAGUCGCAAACUCGUCCAUCGCUGGUGGCGCAGCAGCUGGAGUGUUCUCUGUACGUUUUCGCGACACACGACACGGUAUCGCAGUCGGGGGCGACUACGAACAACCUACAGCCAGCAACAAUACGGCCGCUUGGUCAAGCGAUGGCGGAGCGAAUUGGCACAAAGCUGACUCAUUCCCGCGCGGUUAUAGGUCCGGCGUCAGUUGGAUACCUGGUAGGAGACAGGUAGCAGUAGCGGUCGGCACCAGCGGCUCCGACUUUACUAUCGAUGGAGGAAGAAAUUGGGCGGGCGUCGCUAACGGGACAUUCGAUGCUGUAGAGUGCGUUGGGAAGGAUAUUUGCUGGGCUAGCGGGUCUGGCGGACGCGUCGCAAGGUUGCAUCUACGGGGGUUAUAA